CCCUAAAAAAAGAAUGGGACAGACGCACCGAGCCCCUACUCGCCCCCGAGGCCCCGAUCUCGCCGGCUCUCCGCCUGCCUCGCCGGACGCCAUCGCCCGUCGCUACCUGCCUCGACGUCGCUAGACGCCAAGGAGGCGCCCCUUACCGGAGCUCGGCGCUUCCGCGCCCCCUUGGCGCCCCUGCAAUCCGGCGCCUGCUGCCCAGUCCGCUGUCCGCCGAUUCCGGCACUCGGCCUGCAGCAAGACAGCAACCCUGCCCAGUGGCCAGCCUUUAGCCCGAUUCGAGGACUUGAGGUUGACCUGCCGUUCUGUCUGAGAUUGUGGUGGUGUACUGCUGGUUGUAGUGGUGUUCUUCUCCCAGGUUGAAGGUUCUCUCUGCCAACAAAGAACCGCUCCGCUGCUAUACUUGCUUGGACCCCUUGUUUCUGGGGCUUCCUCGCGCCUUCGCCCACCGAGUGGUCCACCAGCCAAAGACCAUGUGGCGCCGAGCCGGAUCGAUCUGCCUCCAUCUCUCCAGAAUUGCCGGCCGCCGCGUCCGACGACCCCCACAGCCUCCUGCUCCCACUGCCACCUGCUCUACCUCCGCAUUCGCUUCAUCCUCUUUCCACCACAAUCUUGGAACCUUUCUGGAUUCCAUCAGAGUUCCUCCCUCUCGAAGCCUAUCGAACCAGGCAGGCGGUGAUGGCAGCAUCGGCGGAGAGUGCUGGAGUUGUGGCGCCAAGGGGGCAUUCCUCUCCUGCGGGUCCUGCAGGAGCGUGCAGCCCGUUGAUCCUGCGGUCGACUACUUCCGAAUAUUUGGCCUGGACAGAGGAUACGACGUAAAGGAUACCAACUUAGAAGGGAAGUACAAAGACUGGCAGAAGAAGUUACAUCCUGACCUUGUUCAUUCUAAAUCAGAGAAAGAGAGAGAUUUUGCGGCUGGGCAGUCAGCACUUGUCAUUGAGGCAUAUCGCACACUGAGCAAACCUUUACCAAGGGCAUUGUACUUGCUGCAACUUGAGGGGAUACACGUUGAUGAGGAGAAGACUAUCAAUGAUCCAGAACUUCUUAUGGAGAUGAUGGAGAUACGUGAAGCUGUUAGUGAAGCCGGUGAUUCUGAAACUCUGAAGAAGAUCCAAUCUCAGAUGAAGAGGAAGCUCGAAACCUGGUCCAAAGCCUUCCAGGAAGCGUUCGACAAGAGGGACUUCGACGGUGCAGUGGAAGCUACACAGAGAAUGAGAUACUACGAACGUGCUAUGGAAGAAACUGUGAAGAAGCUUUGAUCUUAGCCCCGACUGGGAGCUAUGUAAAUUGCACGCCUUCAAGAAAACUAGACGGGUACGGGCGCUCCACCGCUCCGGGAGUCUGGUGGCUGACAUGUUACAGGUCGGUUGAGUGAAGUCAUCGUGAGAGGCAGGGUCGUACCACGCAGUUUGACUGAAUAAAGUGACUCUGUUUUUACGUUGUUUUCCUUGUGUUGUAUGCUGGUCGACUGGUGUGGCCGUGGGAAAUUACUGCAGACAAAAUACUGUGCAGUUGCUUUU